UUUUUCUUCUUUUUACCCUUGAGAUAAAAUGAGAAUAAAGAAAUUCGAAAUUUGUUAUCUUUGUAAUUGAAGGGAUCCCUAAAACUUUAUCCCCCGAACAUCCACUUUCGAGGAUUCAAAUCCUUAAUAUGCUUGUUUGAUCGGAUUCCGUAUCGGUAUUCUCCGGAGUGUAAUUUGAUUUUGUCAUUGUUUGUCUACUGGGAAACGAAGAGGCAAGGGAUAUAGUUGGCUUUUAAGAUUCUGUGGUUCUGUCGACUAUGGAGCGAGAAAAUAACAAAAAUGUAGCUGACACUACUGAAGUAGACUUAGCAAAAUCAGAAUCAUCUGAAAAGAAAAGCUCUAAUUUAUCGAAGGCCAAAUCUGAUACUGCAAAGUCAGUGGCCAACAAUUUCCUAAAGACGAGAAAAGCAAAUGUUACUUCUGAGGUCCAGAGGAAAAAACAAAAGAAGAAAAGCACGAGCAUAUCAGGAGGCAGUAAAGCAAUUGAAAAUGGCGUUACAAAGUUAAACUCAAUUGAAGAAAAUCAGAAAAAGGAUGCUACCACAAGUAUGGAGCAUGUAGAGAAGAGCCAGGAGAUCCAAAAGAAUCAAGAAGAUACAAGUGCAUCUGAUAGCAAGGAAAAGAUUACAAAAUCAAAUAACAAUCCCAAUAAACGGAAAAGUGGUGAGGAACCUGGCCCUUCUAAUAGAAAUACAAAGAAUGAAGAAAAUGAGGAGGGUAAUAAAAGAAGAAAACGAAAUGAACAGAAGGAAAAACACAAUAAUUCAAUGAGGAAUAACACAAGUGGCGAAAAGCGAGAUGGUGAGGGAAAGAAACAAGAAAUUAUAAAGAAAGAAAAGAUCGAUGGUCUAAUAUUUAUGUGCAACGCAAAGACCAAGCCAGAUUGUUUCGGAUAUUAUGUAAUGGGGGUACCAGCAGGUAAAAAGGAUCUUGUUAUGGGCAUUAGGCCUGGUGUUAAGCUUUUCCUCUAUGAUUAUGAUCUCAAGCUUUUGUAUGGGAUUUAUGAGGCCUCCUCUUCUGGUGGCAUGAAACUCGAGCCCAAGGCUUUUGGUGGGGCUUUCCCUGCUCAGGUACGGUUCAGUGUCCAUGCUGAUUGUCUUCCUCUGGCAGAGAACAUUUUCAAGAAGGCAAUCAGGGAAAAUUACGAUGAGAAAAACAAAUUCAAAACUGAACUUACUGUUAGACAGGUUCGGAAGCUCACAGAACUUUUUCGACCGGUUCCAGUUAAAUCAACUGCGUCACCUUUUCACCGCCCAUCAAGGGAAGUUCAUGAUAGACCAAGGGAAGCAAGGCCCCCAUCACAUAGGGAAGCUUCUCUUAGGGAUCCUUAUACCAAUAUUAGUGCUAGAAGUUAUGCUCCCUGUGAAAGGGAUCAGCGAGUUGGAUAUGGAGAGUUGGCAUCUAUUAAGAGGGAGGAUGGUCAUGAUUUAUACCCUAGUGAGAAGGAAUAUAGGACUUAUAGUCUUCUGGGGGACAGAAGUAACUUGACUCCUCAGCAUCGUAUCACUCCUUGGUUAACAUCUUACAUGGGAGAUCACAGAGAGGCAUCUCUGCGACAACCAGAUAUUGUAUACAGGGAACCUGUGCCUUCGCAGAGAGAUACAGUUUGCUCUGAUCCUCUUUACUCAACUGAAAGAGAAUACCGGACUUAUGAUUUGGGUGCUACACGGGAAAUGCAACCAACAGUUUCUGCACGAACUGCAAACACAUCUGUAGCUGGUGCUUCUACCUUGGACUCCUAUAGUACAGAUCCAUAUUAUGGCCGUUAUUCUGGUGAUCCAUUGGUGGACGCUUACCUACCUCGCCCGAGAGAGGCACAGCCAAUUGAGACUGAUCUUUUGAGGAGGGAAAGCAACCAAGUGGAUAGGUUAUAUUCUGCAUAUCCUUCUGGUGCUUUAAUAGAUCGGAACCAGAUACAUCGUCAUCGAGAUGUUAAACCUGCAUCUGCUUCUACAUCAGUUUCGUCCCGGUAUGCCUUUGGUGGUUCAUCGUUGCUUUAUCGCUGAGAGUUAUCAGUCCCUUCAUAUCGCCAGCACAAGACAUGUUCUUUUAAAAUUAAUGUUCUCUUUGCUGGUUAUCUCCAUGCAUGCUGUUGAACUUCAAUAAGCUACUCUGUUAAAUGGUAUAUGAUACAUAAUUAGGAUAACAAUGCAGUUAUCUGGAUGUGUUUGAAUGUUUUGUCUGACCAUUUUGCCAACCUAUCUAUUCAGCCUUUUUGCUAACAGCCACAUUCUGUUUUCAU